AGGACAAAAAGGAUUCCAUGGGAAAAUCCAUGCGAGACGGAUGUCUUGUUUGUAUCCAAAGAGGUGGGAGGAGUAUAAUUUGUUUUUUCGGUCAAAAGAGGGAUGCAAAUUUGAGGACUGCUAAACAAGUGAGAAAACCACUUCCUAAAUAUGAACAGUAAUCUAACUAGAACAAAAGUGUUGCCAUGGCCCCUCAAAACGACAACCCGUUCCACCUCCGAAGGUGAAACGAGUAGAUCAAAAACGGCGCCACACUCCCCUUCAAUGGCCGACCGUUUUCUCACUCAUUCUCUUGGCGCGUUUUCUCUCUUUAAUCUUCUCUCUAUGGAGAUUGAGGGCGAAGAAGGUUCGAAGGUCACGCUCAAAAGAGCUUCAACGACGACACUCUUCGGCAGAGGACUAGGGUUCAACACCGACGACCGAAGCGUGUCUCGCAAGCACCUGCUCCUCCAAGUCGGCGACGAUGGAACGCCGGAGCCUAGGGUUUCGUUCCAGGUUCUGGGGAAGAACCCGGUGUGGGUCCGGAGCAAAGGUGGCGGAGGGAUUCGGAUGUAUCGGAGGUCGGAAAGCGGCGUAAUCGGUGUCGGCGACUGGUUCUGUGUCUCGGGGGGGAGGCCAGUUUGGUUUGUUCUGAAGAAGAUUGGAGAUGAAGGCGGAAGUGGGAGCGAGAGGAAUUCGGAAUGUGAGAGCGAAUUGGCAGAGAGUGCUGAAUCUGCUGAUGUCUCGAGUAUUGACCCCGUGAAAGAGUUUCGUUUUCUCAUGAUUGGACAUGAGUUUGAUCAAUAUCCUAAGCAAAGGCUUCGCAAUGCAAAGCAUUGGGAUUGGUUUCUCAAGGACCCAGGUAAAGGCUGUGAUGAUAGCGGGGAUGAAAAUCAAGGGACAAAAGCGAAGCGCAGAGGUAGGAGAAAGAGGAGACGGGCUGAGGGCAAUAUCGGAGAUGAUGAUGAGUGGACUGGCGAGAGCGAAGACGAGAAGGAUGUUUUGGCUGCUGUGAGAAAGGCUAAGAAACCAUCUUACUGGACAAGAUCCAAUGACAACAGGAAAGUGAAACCUCCCAACAGUACAAGAAGUGGCGGAACAUCUCAGAAGAAGAGAAGUCUUCGUUCAGAGGAUGAAGAUGUUGAGGAUGAAGAAGACGAUGAAACAUUGGGAGGGUUCAUUGUAGAUGAUGAAGAUGUCGAAGGAGGACAAGAAGAAGGGACUGAGGAAGAGGAAGAGGAAGAGGAAGAGGAAGAGGAAGAGGAGGAAUUCAUUGAUGACGAGGAGGAUGAGUAGUUCAAGUAAUUUACUUAGGGAUGUGAGAAACUUUGACGUGCAUUUAGCUGACAUGAAUGCUGUAUGUUUAACGUAAACCAUGUAAUCUAGUCUUUUCACUGUUCUUGUUUUUAGUGUUAGAAGUCCUGUACCAUAGGCUGUCGCUGUCUCUGUUGUUGUGAGAUGUUUUUUUGGAGUAAAUAAUAAGUCAUUCAUCA